GGGCUGGCUUUAUUUGUACAUCUUAGCGCUGGGUUAAGCGAAGGGGGUGGUUUCCAAGGCUAAGUGGUCUUUGGUGGCUUAGGUGGGAGGAAAGUUGCGCGCGGCGCUGGUGGGGGGAGAAGCUAAAUUCCUCUUGAUGUGAAGGAAAAAAAAAAAAAAGUAAAGACUGAAUAACAAACAGGAAAUGCCUAACUCGGCUGCGAGGCGGACGGGAGGCGCAGAGCGCUGAACUCCACUCGCAGCACAGCCACUGCCGGGCGUGCCGGCGGCACGAUCGCUCCCGUCGCUCGCUCCUGUCUCGGCCCCGGGCUCCCGGGCCCUGGCUCGCAGGAGCCCAGGCAUGGCUGCCUCCUACUGGAUGCUGACAGCUCUCUUUCACCUCAUCAGCGCUUCCAAUGUUGAUGUGAAAAAUGCAAUGACCUUCAGCGGGCCUCUUGAAGACAUGUUUGGGUACACAGUUCAACAGUAUGAAAAUGAGGAAGGAAAAUGGGUACUUAUUGGUUCUCCAUUAGUUGGCCAGCCUGAGAAAAGAACAGGAGAUGUGUACAAAUGCCCUGUAGGAAGGGAAAACCAAUCCCCCUGCAUAAAGCUGAAUUUACCAGAUGCUACUUCAGUGCCUAACGUCAUGGAGGUAAAAGAAAACAUGACUCUUGGAACAACCUUAGUCACUAACCCGAAAGGAGGCUUUCUGGCAUGUGGACCGCUCUAUGCUUAUAAAUGUGGGCGUUUGCAUUACACAACUGGAGUUUGCUCCAAUGUCAGCUCCACUUUUGAAACUGUGGAAGCGAUUGCUCCAUCUGUACAAGAGUGUAAAACCCAGUUGGACAUUGUCAUAGUCCUUGAUGGGUCCAAUAGUAUUUAUCCAUGGGAGAGCGUCACAGAUUUCCUAAACAGUCUCCUGAGAAACAUGGAUAUAGGUCCUCAGCAAACACAGGUUGGAAUUGUUCAGUAUGGGCAGACUGUAGUCCACGAAUUUUACCUGAACACUUACUCAACAACAGAAGAAGUGAUGGCUGCAGCCUUGAGAAUACGUCAGAGGGGUGGCACACAAACUAUGACAGCCCUUGGAAUAGAUACAGCAAGGGAAGAGGCAUUUACUGAGGCUAAUGGUGCACGAAGAGGAGUACAAAAAGUAAUGGUUAUUGUGACUGAUGGGGAAUCACACGACAACUACAGAUUAAAAGAAGUGAUUGAUAAGUGUGAAGAUGAAAACAUUCAGAGAUUUGCUAUUGCUAUUCUUGGCAGCUACAGCAGAGGAAAUUUAAGUACUGAGAAAUUUGUAGAAGAAAUAAAAUCAAUUGCCAGUAAGCCUACUGAAAAGCAUUUCUUCAAUGUCUCAGAUGAAUUGGCUCUUGUAACUAUUGUUGAAGCACUUGGAGAGAGAAUAUUUGCCCUUGAAGCAACGACAGACCAACAAGCAGCCUCAUUUGAAAUGGAAAUGUCACAAGCUGGUUUCAGUGCUCAUUACUCCCAGGAUUGGGUUAUGCUUGGAGCAGUUGGAGCAUAUGACUGGAAUGGCACAGUGGUCAUGGUGAAGGACAGUGCUGUUUCAAUACCAAGUAAUGACACUUUUCGCGACAGGCAUUCAGAAAAAAAUGAACCCCUUGCGGCCUAUCUAGGCUACACUGUAAAUUCAGCAUUGACACCUGGAGGUGUGCUGUACAUAGCAGGGCAGCCACGAUACAAUCAUACUGGUCAAGUCAUCAUUUAUAAAAUGGAAGGAAGAGAGGUGCAAGUACUUCAGAGGUUAAAAGGAGAACAGAUUGGCUCAUAUUUUGGGGGUGUUAUUACCACAAUUGACAUCAACAGGGACUCAUUUACAGACCUUCUUCUUGUUGGAGCUCCUACGUAUAUGGGAACUGAAAAAGAGGAGCAAGGGAAAGUGUAUGUUUAUGCUCUGAACAAGACAAAGUUUGAAUAUCAGAUGAGUCUUGAACCUAUAAAACAAACAUGCUGCUCACCAUUAAAACAUGACACCUGCAAAGUUCUUAAGAAUGAACCCUGUGGAGCACGCUUUGGGACUGCAAUUGCUGCAGUGAAGGACCUCAACCUUGAUGGAUAUAAUGACAUCGUAAUAGGAUCUCCCUUAGAGGAUGAUCAUCGGGGAGCUGUUUAUAUUUAUCAUGGCCGUGGCAACACAAUCAGUAAAAAAUAUACACAGCGCAUUGCUUCUGGUGGAGACGGGGAGAAAGUGAAAUUUUUUGGCCAGUCUGUGCAUGGAGAAAUGGAUUUAAACAAUGACGGUCUGAUUGAUGUCACUAUUGGAGGCCUUGGUGGGGCUGCCCUCUUCUGGUCUCGUGAUGUGGCUGAAGUUAAUGUUUCUAUGCAGUUUGUACCCAAAAGUAUCAAUAUCCAACAGCAAAACUGUCAGAUAAACAAAAGAAAAACAAUAUGCAUAAAUGCCACCAUUUGUUUUAAGACCAGACUAAAGUCAAAAGAAGAUAUAUUUGAAUCCAGUCUACAGUACUGGAUCACUCUUGACGCACAAAGACAAAUAUCUCGAAGCUUGUUCACAGAAACCCAUGAGAGGAAAAUGCAAAAAAAUAUAACUAUCAAAGGGUCAGAAUGUAUUAAACAUAACUUCUACAUGUUGGACAAGCCUGACUUUCAAGACUCUGUAAAGGUUUUGCUGGAGUUCAAUUUCUCUGAUCCAGAGAGUGGACCUGUUCUUGACAGCAACCUGCCAAAUUCAGUAUCUGAAUAUAUUCCUUUCACAAAAGAUUGUGGAGCCAAAAAUAAAUGCAUUUCAGAUCUUGUUCUGAAUGUAAAAGCAAGCAUAGCUGGAGACAGCUCUUCUCCAUUCAUUGUCAAGUCACGCAAUGAUAGGUUCACCAUCCAGCUCUCUAUCAAGAACAAAAAAGACAGUGCCUAUAAUACCAGAGCAUUGGUUCAAUAUUCUCCAAAUAUUAUUUUUGCUGGCAUUGAGGAUAUACAGAAAGAUAGCUGUGAGUCUAAUCACAACAUCACCUGUAAAGUGGGAUAUCCAUUUCUAAAACCUGAAGAAGAGAUUUCCUUCAAAAUAUCAUUCCAAUUCAAUGCAUCAUAUCUCCUGGAAAAUGCCACUGUUGAUGUGUAUGCUACAAGUGACAGCGAAGAACCACCUGAGACCUUGAGAGAUAACAGAGGACAAGUUACAAUUCCUGUAAAAUACGAAGUAGGAUUAAUAUUUGUAAGCGUUUUCAAAGAGCACCAUGUUAUAAUUGCUGCAAAUGAAACCAUUCCUACUGCUAUUAACACAACAGAGCAGAUUGGGGAUGAAGUUACUUUGCAUUAUAGGAUUGAGAAAGGUGAACAUUUUCCAAUGCCAAAUCUCACUCUGCAAAUCCUGUAUCCUGAUGUAACAACAGCCAAGAACACUCUUCUCUACAUGACAGCAUUGUCGCAUUCCCAAAAUGCUAUCUGCAAAUCUAGUUACCCUGUAGAUCACUUAAAGAUCGGCUCUGGGAAAUCAUUUGUGUUGCCAAAAAUAAAAGAACCUACAAAAGAUACAAUUAUGGAGUGUGAUACAUUCAGCUGUGCAUCUAUUAAUUGUGCUCUGGCCCCGUCUGAUAUAUCUCAAGUGAAUGUUUCUUUAAGAGUAUGGAAACCUACCAUCAUAAAAGCAAGUAUUCACAGCUUAACCCUUGUUGUGAAAGCAUUACUUAGGAGUGAAAACUCAUCACUGAUUUUGAGAAAUGACCAUCAAAAGCUAGAGACCAUGAUUAAGAUUUCCAAAGAACUCCCUCCAGGUUCAGUCCCCUUGUGGGUUAUCCUCCUGAGUAUCUUCGCUGGACUCUUGAUUCUUGCACUGCUCAUAUUUGCUUUGUGGAAGGCUGGAUUUUUCAAGAGGCCAUUAAAGAAGAAAAUGGAGAAAUGAAGAAUAAAAAGCAACACAAAAUGAAAAAAAGAAUUUUUUCCUCAGGUCUGCCUCAAAAAUGUGACUGUACAAUUAAAAACUUAGACAUACAUGCAAUAUUCACAAUAUUUUCUAAACUCCAGUGCAUUAAAAAAAAAAAAAGAGCAGAACAUCGAGCAAGCAAAUUAAGUAGACAUCUGAAUGAAUCAAAGGAAGAACAAACUCCCUUAUGUCAUUUCGUGAUACUCAAGGAUGUACUUUCAAGUGUUAUUCAUUUUUGGAGAGUAACUGAGUUCAAAGAUUCUAACAUUUUUUAACAUGAAAAAUGCCUAAUCGUAUUUUUAUAUGCCUAUAUAUAUGUGGAAUCCUUUUCAUCCCAAAUUAUGUAGCAAGUCAGCUGUAUGCAGCAAUCCCAGUUUUUUAUCACUUUAUGAUUUUCAAAGAGGAAAUAUCAUAUUCAAAAUUUUCUCCUUUUAAUGGACUGUCAGCUACAGAACAUUCAAACUUUGAAAAUGAACCAAAUAUCAUAUGGCAACUGAGGUAAUGACAAUUCAAAAGACAGAAGCACCUGCAGAACUUUGGAUGAAAAUUACUGAAAUUCAUUGAACUUCUCUUUCAGCUUGUUUUACUGUGUCCAGCUGAUACUCCAAGAAGAAAUUUUUAUUGUCAAGUGGAUCACUGGGGAUAUAUCCAUUAAUUCAUGCAACUGUUUGAACUUGAAGGGGAUUUUUGGCAGACCUGGAAAUGUAUGCACAAAAUAUUCAAGCCCAACUAAUUGCACGCUUUACUCAGAUAAGCAGAGGAGCAGUUGUGUCUGCAGAUUGAUAUAUUCAUAUUUAUGCAGAAAAUGUUUAGAGGUACCCUGAAAGUUUGACUUGCUGUAUAUCUUGGAGUAGCCAAGAGGGUGCUUCAUAAACUUUCACUGUAAAUUUAUUGUGUAGCUAUUUAAUCCAAUGAGUUUAAAGUGUACAAAUUGAUAAUUAACAAAAGAGCACAGAUAAGAAACGUAGCACUGGCAAGCUUCUUCUAAUAGUGUAAUUCUCACCUCAUCUUUGUCACUUAGGCAUUUAAAGUGAUGAAUCUGCAUACUAAAUAAGCACUUAAUAAAUUACGUUUAUUUUGUGUCAAA